ACAGUCGCCCGCCGACGAUUUGGCAACCCUCGGGGGACUGAAGACGUGUGCCGAGCCGUUCGCUUGGUAGCUAUACGGACGCGGCGGGUCAGCCUGGAGGAGCCCUGCAGGCUGCACAGCUUGGCGCAGGUGAAGCCAGUGCUCAGCGCUUGGCGUCGCACGAAUCAAAUGGCGGCGCUCGCGCAAUCAGACGACGCCGCGCUGCUGGCGUGGGCCACCGAAGCGCUGGCCAAGGCGACGGGCGUGCGAGGAGAGGCAGACAUUGCACGCCACCUGCUGGCCCAGACGACCAUGGAGGCCGUGGACGAGGCGGCGCAUGGUUUGCUGGGCGCGACGCCAGCGGUGGCAGCGUUUGCGCGCGAGCUGUCAAAGAAGAAGGGCCUCGUGGCGGCCUCGCAGCGCGAGCGGCGGCGGCGGCGCGAGGCCAAAGGCAGUUUGAAGGUCGAGCGUGCGCCGCUCAAUUGCCUCCGCUGCGGUUUUGUGAACGCCGUCACGGUCGAAGCCCGCGAAACGCCUGUGGCGCCCGACGCGGCGUACGACGACAUCUGGGCGCGCCUGAACGCGCGCCGCGACGAGUGGCCGGCGUGCGGAUUCUGCGGCGCCGCGCUCUCGGAACAAUCCGACCCGUCGCCGUCGCCGGACGCCGUGGCCCUGGCUAAGCGCCUCGCGAAGUAUGAUCGAGAGUCAGCGCGCCGGACCUCGGUGGUUGACGACCAGCAGGACUGGUACGAGGUCGCCGCGUCGCCGUUCUCCACGAGCGAAGAGGCGGCGGAAGCGUGGCGCAAGGAGGAGGAGCGGCGCGAGGCCGCAGCGAAGCGAGAGUUCCGCAUCGACAUCGACGUCGCCGCGGGCGAGGUGAAGGUGGAAGAAGCGGCUUGAGAGCCACGUAUUGUAGUAAAUGUG